AAUAAGAACUAUAGUUUUCUGAAUAAAUACCGAAAAGUUUCGACCGGUUUUAUAAUUCAGGUUAUUUUAAAAAAACCUUUAACCUAUAUUUUUUUCUAUAGGGUUUUAUAAUAUCGCCGCAGGUGAGCGUUUUCAAACUUCAUCUCCAUUGAGACACUGUUGCAAAGCAAUGACCCCCAAACUGAUCCGGAUAGGUCAAAAUGGGGUCCUUUCUCAUAGACCAAUAGUCUGUUACUGGGAGUUUUUAAGUCGAUUUGACUCUAGGACGUAUAUAUACCAUUCAACCAAACAUAUUCCGUCUGACUACAACUUGAUUUGGAAAAAUCAGUUGCAGGAGCGAUGUUGCUAAAGGUAGGACUGUUUGUUCUACUGUCAUUAGCUGCCAUAAAAGCAGAACAAGAUGCCGAGAAAAGCGAAGAAUUGAUAGUCUCUGAAGGAUAUCGAUCGUAUUCUUAUUAUCCUAGAGGCGACAGAGAUCCAAGAAAAUUCUUCGAAGACGUUUUCGAUGAUCCCGAUCGUUACCACGGAUUCGGUCAUUCGAGAUGGGGUCGUUCGAGAUGGAACAGACAUCCUUCUUACCAUUCUAGAUCAUAUGGUGGCUACAGAAGACCUUAUAACGACUGGGGAGAUAGGGAUUACUACAGACCACAUUAUUCCUCCCACAGAGAUCAUUAUCGACAUCGCGACUGGGCUCCACCACCACCUUCGCCCUUCAGAAGACAUUACCGUUAUCGUGAUAGCCCGGGUGACAGAUGGGGUCACAGAGGAUAUCGUCCUCAUUGGCAUCGAGGUUACGACAGACCCACUUACAACGAAAGAAAAACUUCGGCUCACGGAGAAUCUAAAGGAUUUGGCUUAGAAAAAGUGGUUGACGGUGGAGAUUCUUUUGGUCACACCAAAGAAGUGGGAUGGGUGAAGACAUUCGACACUUCUUCAAGCGGAAAGAAAAUAUCAGGAAAGUGGGUAGACGAUCUAAAACACAGUUUCGAUGAUAUUUUUAAAGAAAUUUGAAUAACUCUUUUAAGUGCCACGCUUCUAUAAACAUAUAAAUUGACGUUUAAUUGAUUCCAAACUCAUACACAUCUAGCAUUAUUCACGCUUGGUAGGAACACAUCAGGAAUAAAUUUAAUUUAAUUUAUUGAUCUCUUUGUUAUAUUUAUACAAAAAAUUAAAAAAAACAAAUUAAUUUAUUUAUAUGUUAAAAUCUGCAUCGCAUGAACCAAGAAGAAAUGUACUUUUUGUAUAAAUAAGAGGAAGAA